GUCCCGCCCGGAAGUGCUUCGUAAGAGCGGAAGUGCAUCCGGAAGCUGGCCAUCGAGACUAGUGCCUAGAGCGGCCCGGCAGGGAGGUGGCAGGAAAGGCUCGGAACAGCUGCCGGAGGUGACGGAGCGGCCGCCUCUCCUGGUACCCUGGAAGACGAAGCUUCCAGGUAGCGGCCCGCAGAGUGUGGCUCAGGCUCCAGUCAACCUGAGCCCAGGUCCCCCUGGCUCAGUACAGCCAUGAGUGCGGAGGUGAAGGUGACAGGGCAGAAUCAGGAGCAGUUUCUGCUCCUGGCCAAGUCGGCCAAGGGGGCGGCGCUGGCCACACUCAUUCACCAGGUGCUGGAGGCCCCUGGUGUCUACGUGUUUGGGGAACUGCUGGAUAUGCCCAAUGUUAGAGAGCUGGCUGAGAGUGAUUUUGCUUCUACGUUCCGGCUGCUCACUGUCUUCGCUUAUGGAACCUAUGCUGACUACUUAGCUGAAGCCAGGAAUCUUCCCCCACUCACAGAGGCUCAGAAGAACAAGUUGCGACACCUCUCGGUUGUCACCCUUGCCGCCAAAGUCAAGUGCAUCCCUUAUGCAGUACUGCUGGAAGCCCUGGCCCUGCACAACGUGCGGCAGCUGGAAGAUCUUGUCAUUGAGGCUGUGUACGCCGAUGUGCUCCGUGGCUCACUGGACCAGCGCAAUCAGCGACUGGAGGUUGACUACAGCAUCGGCCGAGACAUCCAGCGCCAGGACCUCAGUGCCAUUGCUCGCACCCUGCAGGAGUGGUGUGUGGGCUGUGAAGUUGUGCUAGCAGGCAUCGAGGAGCAGGUGAGCCGUGCCAACCAGCACAAGGAGCAGCAGCUGGGCCUGAAGCAGCAGAUCGAGAGCGAGGUUGCCAACCUUAAGAAAACCAUUAAAGUGACGACAGCAGCAGCUGCUGCGGCCACAUCUCAGGACCCUGAGCAACACCUGACCGAGCUGAGGGAACCUGCUCCUGGCACCAACCAGCGCCAGCCCAGCAAGAAAGCCUCGAAGGGCAAAGGGCUCCGAGGGAGUGCCAAGAUUUGGUCCAAGUCGAACUGAAGGGACUGUUGUUUCUCCCCUGGAAAAAUGGAGUCCCAACCGCCUGCCUCAUUAGGAGUCCUCAGAGCCUUCCUGUGCCCCUGGCCAGCUGAUACUAGUUCUUGAUAUUCCUCCUCCUCCACCCGCAAGCAUAGGUCAUAGCCUCAUGAGGGAGCCACCCAGUACAGGGCAUUUUUGUGGUACUUUGUGUUUUAUGUUACUUUCUUCUGUGUCCUGUGGCCCCAUCUCCCUGCCAUGCUCUCGUCUGUUUCUUUAAGAGCUCAGCCUGUGUCCCACCCCAUGACUUCUGUCACUUGGUAGGUAUGCAGUCCAGAUGGGUUUCCUGUGUCUUUAGCAUAAGCCACAGGUGUCCUGCCCCCAUCCCUGCAUGCCUGCUCCCUACCCAUGCCUCUUGGGCAGCACCUUUUAGCCUCACCCUGAGGAUCCUGGGAGCUAGUCUGCCUUUGUGGGAGGUCACUGGGCACUUUGACCCCAGAAUCCCAUCACACUACAGUUGUUUCUUGUUUCUGCCCCAUGAGUCCUGGGAACACUGCUGCCUCAGGACCCCAGAGUCUUAAGAACGAUAGCUAAUUUUUAGGGUGACAGAUGGUUCUUGGUUCUGACCACCUUGGGGAGCUUGUUGUCGACCCUGGAAGGGUUUAUACCCUUUUGUGCAUUUGGUGGAAAGGGGAGGGGAAUAUAGAUUGUAUUUAAAAAAAAAAAAAGGUAUAUACAUAUAUCUAUAUAUAACAUGACACAAAUAAAUCUAGAGAAAUCUAUCUACAAGCAUA